AUGGAUAGUUCGUGGCGUCAGCGAAGUUCUCGAGCGGUAUCCAUUGCCGCAAUUGCAUCAACCCGACAUGCUUUGCAGAAGCUCAUGAUAUGGGUCUCGCCUGAGUUAUUUGUGCAUCUCUUGGCUAUUGGGACCUCCUUAGGAGUUAUGAUUUUGAGCUUCCGCGAUGUCUUUUGGAAGGACGUUGGAGCAGCCCAAAUAAACUCGGGUCUUAAGGCAUUUCAAUUUGCUGCGCGAGUCCAUGAGAUCAUUCUUUCGGUAUCAACCUCGACCAUGGUUCUUGGGGUAGCGAGGCAGGUCAUGCUCCAUGGCCAAGGGCUUCCAUUUGGCAUGCUAAUGGCCAGCUACAACAUUGCCUCAUUGACGACUUUUCUAUGCAAGGAAUUCUGGGCAUCUCUCACGGUUGCAGUGCGAUUGCAGAAGCUCAUGCUUGGGAUUCUAAUGCUAUCUGCUGCUGCAUUCCUUGUCCUGGCAGGACCUCUAUCGGCAAUCCUAAUCAUACCCCAACUUGGCUGGUGGCAUGAAAGUCUACAAUAUGAGCCAAAUGACAUCCACGGUACAGCAGCUUCUUGUGUUAUAAUGCCUCCACAUGCUUUUUUUACGAAUCAGCCAGAGAUUGCCUACUUCGGCCAAUCGUGCCUUGAAAGCGGGAACUUCAACAACAGCAGAUGUCCAACGGGUGGAUACAACAUUAUUUUGGAUAAUGCAAACCAUAUGAUGCGAAACAUUUCUCUAAACGAUAAUACGAGGAGCCUAACCUGUUUGUCACCACAACGAUUCCUGGCUGUGGCUACGCCAGAUUCCAAUUCUGGGCAGACCGUCUCAUCCGUGCUUACUCCCUCAGGUGCAAAUGACCCCACGCAUGCUGGUCCUGAUCGGGGACAACUUUUGUCUUCCUCCAGAUAUGUGUACACGUUUGCUGGACCAAAAAAGUUACGCAAACCAGUGGUCGAAGUCUCGUGCGAAUCAUCUACAUAUAAUACGUUUGGUGGUCUUCUGCCGGUCGAUUUCCUUAAUGGCUCCAAAUGGAGUGCAACAGAUGCCGAAUGGAGGCGAGUGGUAAAGCCUACUAUUUUCACUGAGAAUUCUACCUAUUUCUGGCAUUUCGAAUGGUUGAAUUUUGAAACAACGCACCAGCUUCGUGCGCCUUCUGCUGGAGCUUUGUUCGCGUACACGAGCCCAGAACUUAUUCCUAUGCUAGCAGCUUGCACAGUUGAAGCAUCAUGGGUUCCUAUUACUGCCUGGGUGACUGCCGCGGAUAACAACAUGCAUGAUAACGAAACGAACUUAUUGAAAAUCUACAAAACCUCGUCGCCUCCGUCGUCUGAAAGCGUACCUUUUCCCCGUCCAGGUCACAUAAUUAUGAACUCGAGCUAUCUCGAAGCUCUUAAUCCUUCUUACGGUCGCCGUUAUGCAAAUGACACUGGUUUUCUGACCGAAAAUAAUGAGCAGUACUACGGCAAUCAUACGUUCUCUUGGAUGACUCGCAUGAUGCAAGUUACAGCGCUACCCGCUGGUUGGGUCGACCCGCCUUACACAUGGUCGGGCCCGCUGGUGCCGGCCUGGAGUAGUAAUAAUUCAGAAUUUCUUAACUACGCCUCCUCCCUUAUCGGUAUGGUCGUUGCUGACGCGCUUGCACGCAGCAAUGUGCCUUUGGGGGCCACUCUGUUGGCUGACUGUGCAGAUGCUUCAGAUCAAACUGGAAGAGUUUCGAUGAUCCGUGAGCGUUACGGGUUUGGUUGGCGCGUACAGGGCACAGAGGUUGGGCUCGCGAUAUCCGGCUUGCUGCUUCACAUUGUUGCAACGUUGAUUUAUUUGGUCUGGAUUUGUUGUUCAGCACGCGCUCGUACCAACAAAGUAGCAGACAGUGCAGGACAGAUGUUGUUAUUAGCUGUGCAGGCUGAGCCCAAUUCGCAGCUCCACACAGCUGAUGCUAGAGCACCAGACGAAGCAGUGUGGUCGACUAUGGUAAAUUUACAGGACGACAAGUCUGAAGCCCUACAGCUAGUCUUCAAUGAUGUAACCGAACGCAGCAGCAGUAUGAAACCCUGUCGAACCUCAACUAACGCCGAUACUUCCGAUACCCCCGAUACCACCGAUACCAGACAUCAACGCUACGGCGUGCUGAAGGGUGGAUGUGAUGGCGGCAGGCACAUGACCGCAGAGACAUGA